AUGCAGAAGGGAAUACGACUUAAUGAUGGUCAUGUCACCUACCUGGGGCUUUUGGCAAAAAAGGAUGGUACAAGACGAGGGUGCUUGAGCAAAAAGAGCUCGGACAACACGAAAUGGCACACAAAGUGGUUUGCUUUACUACAGAAUAUGCUCUUUUAUUUCGAGAACGAGUCCAGCUCUCGACCCUCGGGAUUAUACCUGUUGGAGGGAUGCAUAUGCGACAGGGCGCCUUCUCCGAAACCCUCACUGUCAGCCAAGGAGUGUUUGGAAAAGCAGUACUAUUUCACUGUCAGCUUCACCCAUGAAAACCAAAAGGCGCUCGAGUUACGCACAGAAGAUGUAAAGGACUGCGAUGAAUGGGUGGCUGCAAUAUCACACGCCAGUUACAGAAACUUGGCCACCGAGCAUGAGACUCUCAUGCAGAAGUAUCUUCAUCUGCUUCAGAUUGUGGAGACGGAGAAAACAGUUGCUAAGCAACUUCGACAACAGAUAGAAGAUGGGGAAAUAGAGAUUGAAAGGCUUAAGUCAGAGAUUGCUGGGCUGCUCAAAGACAACGAAAAGAUCCACGCCAGCCCUGCCGCCGCCCCAACCGAGGAUGACUCAGAAAUCAAGAAGAUCAAAAAAGUCCAGAGCUUCUUGCGAGGCUGGAUCUGCAGAAGGAAGUGGAAGACCAUCAUCCAGGAUUACAUCCGCUCACCACAUGCAGAGAGCAUGAGGAAGAGGAACCAGGUGGUGUUCAGCAUGUUGGACUCGGAGGCCGAGUACGUCCAGCAGCUUCACAUCCUGGUGAACAACUUCUUGAGGCCGCUCCGCAUGGCCGCCAGCUCCAAGAAACCACCCAUCACCCAUGAUGAUGUCAGCAGCAUAUUCCUCAACAGUGAAACUAUCAUGUUUCUCCAUCAGAUAUUUUACCAAGGUCUAAAAGCCAGAAUAGCGAGCUGGCCAACAUUAGUGCUGGCCGACCUAUUUGACAUCCUGCUGCCCAUGCUGAACAUCUACCAGGAGUUCGUGAGGAACCACCAGUACAGCCUGCAGAUCCUGGCUCACUGCAAGCAGAACCGAGACUUUGACAAGCUGCUGAAGCAGUACGAGGCCAAGCCCGACUGUGAGGAGAGGACUCUGGAGACCUUCCUCACCUACCCCAUGUUCCAGAUUCCACGCUACAUUCUUACACUCCACGAACUUCUGGCCCACACACCCCAUGAACAUGUAGAGAGAAACAGUCUGGACUACGCAAAAUCUAAGCUGGAAGAGCUUUCCAGAAUCAUGCACGACGAAGUGAGCGAGACUGAGAACAUCAGGAAGAACCUGGCAAUAGAGCGAAUGAUCGUAGAGGGCUGCGAAAUUCUCCUCGACACCAGCCAGACAUUUGUAAGACAAGGGUCUCUUAUCCAGGUGCCGAUGAGCGAGAAGGGCAAGAUCACCCGUGGGCGACUGGGCUCUCUGUCUCUGAAGAAGGAGGGGGAGAGGCAGUGCUUUCUCUUCUCCAAGCAUUUAAUCAUCUGCACCAGGGGUUCAGGGGGAAAGCUUCAUCUCACCAAGAAUGGAGUAGUCUCGCUUAUAGACUGCACUCUCAUGGAGGACCCUGAGGGGACGGAUGAUGAGUCCAAAUCCGACAAGAGCGGCCAGGACAUGGAGCACCUGGACUUCAAGAUUGUCGUGGAGCCAAAGGACAGCCAGUCAUUCACAGUCAUCCUGGUGGCCUCCUCCAGGCAGGAGAAGUCUGCAUGGACCAGUGACAUCAGCCAGUGCAUAGACAACAUCCGGUGCAAUGGGUUGAUGAUGAACGCCUUUGAAGACAACUCGAAAGUCACAGUACCACAGAUGAUAAAGUCAGAUUCAAGUCUGUAUUGUGAUGACGUAGACAUCCGUUUCAGUAAGAUGAUGAACUCCUGCAAGGUGCUGCAGAUCCGUUAUGCCAGCGUCGAGCGCCUGCUGGAGAGACUGACGGACCUCCGUUUCCUCUCCAUCGACUUCCUCAACACCUUCCUGCACUCCUAUCGUGUGUUCACCACCGCCGAUGUGGUGCUAGACAAACUCAUCACCAUCUACAAGAAGCCCAUCAGCGCCAUCCCUGCUCGGUCCCUGGAGUUAUUCUUUGCCAGCAGUCAGAACAGUAAACUCCUGUAUGGAGAACCUCCCAGCUCCCCCAGGGCCAGCAGAAAGUUCUCCUCCCCUCCUCCACUCGCCAUCGCCAAGAAUUCAUCCCCAAACCGCAGGCGCAAGCUCUCCCUCAACAUCCCCAUCAUCACUGGGGGCAAAGCUCUUGACCUGGCUGCCCUCAGCUGCUCCUCAAACGGCUAUGCAAGCAUGUACUCAUCCAUGUCCCCAUUCAGCAAGACCACCUUGGACAUCAAUAAGCUCUAUGUGUCCAGCCCAAUAACAAGCAAAAUCCCUGACGAGGGGGAGGACAAGAAAGACAAGGUGGAAGAUACUUCGGUUUGCAAGCAAGAUCUCUCAGUACGAGAGGAAAGUGACAACGAUCAAAACCAGAGUGACGAUGGUGACCCAGAAGCUUCUCCCACCAAGUCACCAACCACCCCAAAAAACGUUAAAUGCAAAAACUCCUCAGAGUUCUCCUUGUUUUCCUACAACAAUGGCAUGGUGAUGUCCUCGUGUCGAGAGCUGGACAGCAACCGCAGUGCUCUGUCUGCUGCCUCUGCAUUUGCUAUUGCUACAGCAGGAGCCAAUGAGGGCACCCCUACCAAGGAAAAAUAUCGGCGGAUGUCCCUGGCCAGCACUGGCUUCCCAACAGAUCAGAGAAAUGGAGAUAAAGAGUUUGUGAUCAGACGAGCAGCGACCAACAGAGUUCUGAACGUCCUGAGACACUGGGUGUCCAAACACUCUCCGGACUUUGAGAGUAACAAUGAGCUGAAGACAAAGGUUAUUGCCUUCCUGGAGGAAGUGAUGCAUGACCCUGAGCUGCUGACCCAAGAGAGGAAAGCAGCAGCCAAUAUCAUCAGGACUCUAACUCAGGAAGAUCAUGGUGACAGUCAGAUCACCCUCGAAGACGUGACACAACUGGUGGGAGGAGGGAAGGGCGAGCCCUUUGAGAGUCACUCGGCAUUGGAAAUCGCAGAGCAGCUCACUCUACUGGACCACCUGGUGUUUAAGGUCAUCCCUUACGAGGAAUUCUUUGGACAAGGCUGGAUGAAGAAUGACAAAAAUGAGAAGACACCGUACAUCAUGAGAACAACAAAGCACUUCAAUGAUAUAAGCAACCUUAUUGCCACAGAGAUCUUGCGCUGUGAGGAUGUGGUCACAAGGGUAGCAGUCAUAGAGAAAUGGGUGGCGGUGGCCGACAUCUGCCGCUGUCUCCAUAACUACAAUGCCGUGCUCGAGAUCACUUCCUCCCUCAACCGCAGCUCUGUCUUUCGCCUCAAGAAGACCUGGCUCAAGGUUUCCAAGCAGACAAAAGCACUGAUCGACAAGCUGCAGAAGCUAGUCUCAUCAGAGGGGAGGUUCAAAAACCUGAGAGAGGCUUUGAAGAACUGUGAUCCUCCCUGCGUGCCCUAUCUGGGGAUGUACCUCACUGACCUGGCUUUCAUUGAGGAAGGAACACCAAACUACACCGAAGACAACUUGGUCAACUUCUCAAAGAUGAGGAUGAUUUCUCACAUCAUAAGAGAAAUCAGGCAGUUUCAGCAAACAGCAUACAAGAUUGACCUCCAACCAAAGGUAGCCCAGUAUCUACUGGAUAAGAGCUCUGUUCUGGAUGAAGAAAGCAUGUACGAAGCCUCUCUCAGAAUUGAGCCUAAAGUGCCCAACUGAUGAGGAAGGUGGUCCUCUACGUUAUUUUCUCUGUUAAUAUUACACAUCAGUUAACAUACACAUCAACUUUUGUAUAGUUGUACAUGUUUAAGAUAUUUGCUCUUCUGUACAGUAGAUGUUUACGGUUGUUUGAUGACACAAAACAUUUCAGUGCGUAUUUUUGUUGCCAUGACACCACCUGCUUUAAGAAUUUAUCGAAAAUUUCUUUUGAGUUAUUUCAAGCAUAAUAACAGAGGUCACUUUGGUUGCACGUAACUGUGUCUUCUUUGUGACCAAUGACAUUAUUUUGCAUCUUCUCAUACUGUGUCGACUUUGCACUUUCUGAGCACUCGUGCUGCCGGCCAUCGUUCUCUUUGCUUGAGUUUUAUUGAUGACUGAAUUUCUCUGCAACCAAUGUAGCAAUGUAAAAAAAAUGUAACUGCAUCAAAUCAGGUAAAAGAGCACAGAGAAAAUAACUGUAUUUAAUGCUGGAGAACAAUGAUCAGUGGAGAUGGCAGCGAGGUAUCUGAAGCAUAACCAUCUCUGUGCUUCCCAGACCAAAACAAGAGGGAUUUGUUUCUUCAUUUCUGCUCAUUACUCUGAAGACAGGGGUUUCCAACUCUUUUGAGCUGUGGAGCAUUUUCACACUGAUAGUGUCGUUGUGUACCAGCCCAAUGGCACCCACAGGAGAUGGAACAGAUAACAAAGCUUUGUGUCUUGUUGUGGUUAGUUAUUAAAUUUAAAAAAAAAAAAAAAAAAAAAAAAAACUGAAUGAAUGCUCAAGGUGCUGAUGCCAAACUGGUUACCUCGCCUACUCAGAACCACGCUAGCAGCUCUGUGAGGCACAGCAGUGGUUUGAGUGCAAUUCAAAUGUUGGUUUACCUGGUAUAACGUUUACUAUGCUCACCAUCUUACUUUUGCAUCUUAGCAUGUUAACAUUUGCUAGUUAGCAAUAAGCACAAAGUCCAACUGAGGUUGAUGGGAAUAUCACUAGGUCUGCAGCUAUUAAAACCAAAUUAUUGGACAAAUUGAAGUGCUGAUCUGGUGAAAUGUUAGGGAAUCACUGAAAUUAUUACAGUUCAUCCUGAGGGCAACAUCUGAACCAAAUUUCCUGGCAAUCUGUCCAAUAGUUGCAGCAACACUCAAAACUACAAAUGUGAAACAACAUCAGAGGAAAAGUCAAGGGAUCAAAGUCAUUAUUGUUCAUCCUCUGGGCUAAGGGGACAUAUAUACCAAAUUACAUGGCAGUCCAUCAAUCAGUUGUUGAGAUAUUUCAGUCUGGACCUACGCCUUCUUUAGGGCCAUGAUGUUUGCAUGGCUAAAAUCAAUAUAUUACUGUUGGGAAUGUGACAGGAAGUGAUGAAAAAUGUAGCACAGACUGUGCAAGCAUAACAGCCUAUAAAGUUUUAGAAUUAAUCUGCUUUUUUCAUUUUUUUUUUGGUAGAAUCAUACAGUUGACUAGUAGCAAAUGUUCUGAGGCCCAGUACUGGUCCACAGCCCUGGGGUUGGGAAUCUCUGCUCUAUGACAUGUCUUCAUCCUACAACUGACAAAAAUUAUUAUUUUUUUUUAAUUUGUUGCACUCUUUUUGUAGUCUGUUGUCACAUGAGGUGCCCAGACUCACCUUUAGACCACUCAGUUCUUUUUGUAUAAUUAGAUCUAAGCCGUGUAACAACAUACAAGGACUAAAUUAUUUAAAAUUUGCUGUGAUUUAAGGUUAAAGAUUAGUCAUCUGAGUUUACUCUUACACUCAGAGUACACCAGUACAGCACAGUGAGUUCUCCACUUUGUCCAAAUCUUAUGUUUCUUAGUGUUUUUGUUCAACUCAAAGUCAUGACAAAAGCUCACAUGCGAUGGUAAGUGUUGUACCUUCAGG